GAACCACCAUGAAAACGGUGACAAACACAACCUAAGACAGGAGGGGAAGUGUGUUAGGCACCACGUGUGAUGGUAAUGAUGACAUGAAUGAUAAACAGCCACCAGUAAGGUGUACAGAUAGAGAGGUGCUCUGCUCCGGUGUGUCUUUCUGUCCAGUGCUGUGUGUAUGUCGAGAUGAGUGCGUGGACACAGCGUGAUCCCAGCGAUUGAUGAUUACCCUGGAAGUGUGUGUGUGUGAUCAGUUCGUGUUGUUGGAGCUGGUGUCGAGACUCUGAACCCGUCAUGGAAUCGGGAAAGCAGCUGACAGGCACUCUAACCCUAGCAGUGUUUUCAGCAGUCUUGGGUUCUCUACAGUACGGAUACAGCCUGGGAGUCAUCAACGCGCCACAGAAGGUGAUAGAGCAGCAUUAUGGGCGGUCCCUGGGGGUGCUCCCUGAGGAGCCUCUCCUCCUAUCAGAGAAUGGUACAGGGACAGAGAAGCAGGAAGUGCAUCCCUCUGUGGUCAUGUAUUGGUCUCUGUCUGUGUCGAUCUUCUCCAUCGGGGGCGUGGUGUCGUCCUUCCUGGUGGGCUUCGUUGGAGACCUGAGAGGAAGGGUGAAGGGCAUGUUGAUGGUGAAUGUGUUAGCAGUAAUAGCAGGUCUACUGAUGGUGAUGGCUAAGAUGUGGAAACCUCACGUCAUGGUCAUCGCUGGACGAUGUGUCAUGGGAUUCUACUGUGAGCCCCAGGACCAGCUUGCUUAUGGGACUCUUCUCCAGGUUCAUCUCUCUGUAGGUGAUGGCUUUGUUAUGAAAGGUCUGUCCUCAGGGUUAGUUCCUAUGUAUAUAGGGGAGAUAGCUCCCAUGGCCUACAGAGGAUCUCUAGGAACCUUACAUCAGCUGGCUAUUGUUACUGGUAUACUACUGAGUCAGGUGCUAGGUCUAGAGUUCCUCCUGGGUAAUGACUACUACUGGCCGCUGCUGCUGGGUCUGUCUGGAGCUCCUGCUGUGUUACAGUCUCUACUGCUGCCACUGUGUCCUGAAAGUCCCAGAUACCUCUACAUCAAGAGAGGCAUGGUGGAGGAGGCCAAAAAUAGUCUGCGUCGUCUGAAGGGAGAGUAUGACCCAUCAGCUGACCUGGAGGAGAUGAUGAGGGAGAAGGAGGAGGUGGAGAAGGAGGCGCAAGUCUCUAUCGCUGUCCUGGUGCGGUCGUCUCUCUACAGGCAGCAGCUGUUUGUAGCCCUGAUGAUGCAUCUCUCACAACAACUGUCUGGAAUUAACGCUAUAUUUUAUUACUCGACGGCCAUCUUUGAGAAAGCAGGAGUCACUCAGCCUGUCUAUGCAACCAUUGGAGUUGGAGUUCUCAAUACCGUCUUUACGAUGGUGUCGGUGGCUCUAGUGGACAGGGCCGGCAGACGGACGUUGACUCUGAUUGGUUUAGGUGGGAUGUGUAUCUGUGCCGUCGCCAUGACAGUCGGCCUUGUGUACCUGAGUGUCUACUCCUGGAUGUCCUAUGUCAGCAUGUCGGCCAUCUUCCUGUUUGUGUGUUUCUUUGAGAUCGGCCCUGGUCCCAUCCCCUGGUUCAUCGUGGCUGAGUUAUUCAGUCAGGGCCCCAGGCCUGCUGCUAUCGCUCUGGCUGGCUGCACCAACUGGACCAGCAACUUCAUCAUAGGCAUGACCUUCCCUUACAUAGAGGCUCUGUGUGGUAGCUAUGUGUUCAUCCUGUUUGCGGUGCUGUUGUUUGGCUUCACUGUGUUCACUUACCUGCGCGUGCCGGAGACCAAAGGGAAGACAUUUGAGGAGAUAGCAGCUGUGUUUAAAAAGGGAAAGAAACAGACACCAGGAACCAGAAAGACUGGAACUGAAACUGGUACUGGUACCUCCACCGAGCUGGAGCAGCUCAAAUCAGACUCCCAGGCCUGACAUGCUCACAUGUCCAGGGGGAUCCAACCCUGGAGAGUUGCAGGGUGUGCAAGCUUUAGUUCCAGCCCUGCACUAACAUAUCUGAUUAGCUUAAUCUGGUGUGUUACCAGAUUACCUAAAUCCUGAACGCCAUCUAGAUAGUUGUUUACUUCCAGGAACAACUCCUGACAUGACUAACUUUACAUAACUCAUACACUGGGCCCAGAAUGUUUCCUGCUCAGGAUAAAGCAGACAGAAAAACUCCUGGCUCUACUGUAUCAUUCAUGGUCAGUACAAUAACGAGAUGCAGCAGAUGGUUUUGUUUCUAGAGGUUACAUUAUCCUGUUCUACCAUGUUCAAUGUGUAACUGACUGAAUGUAUUCACACAAGUUGAAUGUCACCAAAUGGGACUUUACGAUUACUAUUAAUAAAUUACUACCAAGAUAGUG